AUGGAGACCAGGGGGUUGAUACACUGGUUGCGGUACUACUACAAAGUCUUUCACCGGAACAGGACUCUGAAAGCGGUCGCUGUGCUUCUGAGCUUUGUGCUGUUCAUAUACUACGUGCGUAACUCAGACAUCACUGAUAAACUGGUUACGUUUGCUGGCGAGGAGAACGUCAAGAGCUUACACGCUGUGAAGGCGAACAUCAGGGCGAACUGGAACCAGGAGGACGAUGGGGACAAGUUCAAGAAGGACCUAAGUGCUUCUUUGCAAGUGAAGCUCGACAACAUACUGGGGACUCAAAACAUGUCCCUUGCCGAGAUGGGCGAGCUGCCAAUCGAUGCAGAGACGAUCGAGGAGCAGAAGAGUAUUCGUUACGCCAAGCUGUUGAAGGAUCACAAGGCCACGGAGAACAGCACAAUGGGGUUCCUCUUCAAGUCUUUGGCUAACGAAGGGCUGAAACCCUCAGCAUGCAUAUAUUCUUUUGUCACGGGCAACUCAGAAUUGAGGAAGCUACUAAGAACUAUAGAGUCUGUACAGAAGAAGUUCAAUCACAAGUUCGGUUACCCCUGGGUGAUCAUCAGUCCCGAGCCCUUGUCAGAGAAGUUCCAUGCCGACGUUGAAAAGAAACUAGAAGAGUUCACAUCUGCUAUAGACGAUGUCAAGACUGAGGUGGAGUUUGGAACCGUGCCGCCUGAACAUUGGGGGUUCCCUGAUUUUAUCGACUCAACCGUGGCUUCAAACGCCAGAAUUGAUCUGUUCGAUAUUCCCAACGGUGACUCGCAAUUAUUCAGAUUAAUCAAUAGAUACAACGCUGGCCUGGCAGCUCAUCACACAUUGCUGAAAAAGUAUGAUUGGUACAUGCGUGUGAGCCCCGGCAUACGGUUGAAUUGUGAGAUGGAAUACGACAUAAUGAGGUGGAUGCAGGAUAACCGUAAAAUAUUUGGAUUCACUUUAUCAAUCAAAGAAAUUGAACGUUCUGCAAAGAAAAUAUGGGGCCAUAACUUGAAUUUCACUGCACACAACCGAGAAUUCUACAACCCCAUUGAAAAGUCAAGUUUAAGAUCUUACAUCCAAGUUGGAAGAGAUACAUACAAUUAUUGUUCCUUCUCUACCGAUUUGCAAAUUGUGAAUCUGAACUUCUUGAGAUCACCAGUAUACACAAAAUAUUUUGAGUACAUGGACAAAGCAGGAGGCAUAUUCUAUGAGAGAUGGUCCGAUAGCAUUAUCCAGUCAAUGGCAUAUUCAACUAUGGUACCAGCUAAAAUGAUUCAACAUAUCAGCCCAAUGGGAUACCAGAAUAAAGAGACAGUAGUGUGCCCUGCAGAUGAUAUAAUGUGGAGGGAAUAUAAAUGUGAAUGUGAUCAAGGUAGUGAUAUUUCCUUUAACCGUGACUUAACUUGCACGCAGAGAUACAAAGACACUCAAGGAAUGUUUUGA